AUGCUAACUAGCAGCAAAGUUCGGCAAUGUCGCCCUCCAGACGUGGUGGUGUUUCCUCGCUGUGUGGAGGAGGUCAGCGCUCUGGCAAAGAUCUGCCACCAACACCAGCUACCCAUCAUCCCCUUCGGCACCGGGACUGGUUUGGAGGGAGGGGUCACUGCCGUGAAGGGUGGAGUCUGCUUCAGUUUAAGAAACAUGGACCAGAUCCUGGAUCUCCACCCGGAGGACUUCGACGUGACGGUAGAACCCGGUGUGACCCGCAAAGCCCUGAACUCCUACCUGAGAGAGACCGGACUCUGGUUCCCUGUGGAUCCAGGAGCUGACGCCUCCCUUUGCGGUAUGGCCGCCACCAGCGCCUCUGGGACCAACGCUGUUCGUUACGGGACGAUGAGGGAGAACGUGAUGAACCUGGAGGUGGUUCUGGCCGACGGCAGCAUCAUUCACACGGCUGGGGAGCGUCGACGUCCAAGGAAAACGGCGGCCGGCUACAACCUGACCAACCUGUUCGUGGGCUCUGAGGGAACUUUGGGAAUCAUCACUAAAACCACGCUGCGUCUGUACGGCGUCCCGGAGGAGAUGGUGUCGGCCGUCUGCUCGUUCCCCUCCGUCCAGGCCGCCGUCGACAGCACGGUGCAGGUGCUGCAGGCCGGAGUCCCGAUAGCUCGCAUCGAGUUCCUGGACGACGUGAUGAUCGACGCCUGCAACAGGUUCAGUUCUCUGUCGUAUCCGGUCAGUCCGACGCUGUUUCUGGAGUUCCACGGUUCUGAGCGAAGCCUCGAGGAACAAGUCAACACAACCGAGGACAUCACUCAGAGUAACGGAGGUUCAGACUUUCAGUGGGCUCGAGAUGCUGAGACCAGGAACCGACUGUGGAAAGCUCGACANGUGAGGAUUAAGCGGUAUUACUCUGCUCAGGCUCUGAGACCAGGCUGUAAGGCCUAUUCUACAGACGUGUGUGUUCCUUUGUCUCGGCUGCCUCAGAUUAUUGUGGAGACGAAGGAGGACCUGAUUGAAAACAGGCUGACAGGUCCGAUCGCGGGUCACGUCGGCGACGGUAACUUUCACUGUAUUAUGGUGGUGGAUCCCAGCGACCAGGACGAGCAGCACAGAGUUCACCUGUUCACCGAGAGGCUGGCCAGGCGAGCUCUGGCCAUGGAUGGAACCUGUACAGGAGAACACGGGGUGGGUUUAGGAAAGAGAACGCUGCUCCGAGAGGAGGUCGGACCUUCGGUGAUCCGGGUCAUGCAGAGCCUGAAGGACGCCCUCGACCCCAAGAACCUGAUGAAUCCUGACAAAGUCCUGCAGCAGGAGGCCAAUCUGAGGGAUUAAAGCAGGAACUGAGACAAACCGGAGGAGCUGAAACACACUCGAGUGAAAACUAACCACGUAUCGCAAAGCCCUGAUUCAGAAAUUCAGUUAAAUCAAGAAAACACGCAGGUUUGACCAGUGUUUAAUGGAUUGUCGCUACAGCUGUGUCCCAGAAACCCCACCAGUGGUCCACUGCUGUCAGCUUAGUUUUUCACUUUUGGGACUCAAAACUAAGUUCUGUAAAAAUGUUUCUGGAUGAAUUUUGAGAAUGUUGUGUUUACAGAACUGGAAAUGUUUGUAUUUUCACCCUCAAAAAAAGCCCCUGAAGCCGUUUUCAUGGUUCAAUAUCUCCAGAAAUAAAACUCCAGCCGCCACGAAAUGUGGUGAAAACACA